AUGGGCCUAUCGAAAAGCGAAAUUGCCACUUGUGCUAAGCGCAUCGCAUCGACUAGCGACAGAAGGAAUUACAAUGAUAUCGUCAAGCUUAUCUCGCAAUAUCCAGACUUCUCCAAGGUACAAGAAUCCUCUUUUGAGGAAGAUGAACAUACUUUGAGAUACCUCACGAUGGCCUUGAUGCCAGUGUUUGGCAAACUCUUCGCCAGAGGACAAUUGAACCCUUCCAAAGCCGCUUCAGAAAAAGAAAAAUUCCUUUCACAGUGGUGCCGCAAGGUUUACAACUCUUAUAAGGCUAAGCUGCUUCAAUGCAUUUCGUCUCUAUCAUUUGAAACCUCACUUGCCCUCGACUGCCUCGACGUGUAUAUGCAACUGCUGGAGCAGGAGGCCAUUUACCUGGCCUCCCACGACGGCGCGCCAUUUUUCCCUAACAAAACUCUCAAAGCUCUUAUAGUGGCCCUGCUCAAGUCCAAUAUCCAAGGUAGUGUGGAUGCAGCGGACGGUCAUUCGAAAAAUUCUGUGAUCCUUGAGUUUUCGGCGAGCUACUACAAGAAAUACGUGGACAUUCAGUACUACUUUCAGGCAGAAACUGCUCAGUUGGUUGCAGACUCUGAAAUGAUGGAAUCGUUUGAUGCUACUCAGUUAUUUGCAAAGUGGCUAUCUAUUAUGAAUCACGACAACCACUACUUAAGUGAAGAAGCAGAUCUAGAAAUUUACGUCCCACAGCCUCCCCAAGCUAUGGAAAACGAGGCUCAAUAUAAGUCCAAUUUGGAAAAGAAUUGGCUCGCUCUUUUGAACCUAAAUGGACUUCCGAUAACCCAAUACAAGACGACUCUUCUAGUUUUGCACAAGAGAAUUAUUCCAUAUUUCCAGGCUCCCACAAAACUGAUGGAUUUUUUGACCGAUUCUUAUAAUCUAGGCGACGAUGUUGUUUCAUUGCUAGCCUUGAAUGGUCUGUUCGAACUGAUGAGAAGGUAUAACCUCGAGUACCCCAAUUUCUAUCAAAAACUUUAUCUACUGGUUACACCAAGGCUGAUGCACGUCAAACACAGGUCCCGUUUCCUGAGAUUAACAGACUUGUUUCUUUCCUCCACUCAUAUUUCUGCAAACUUGGUUGCUUCAUUCAUAAAAAAGUUGGCUCGAUUGACAUUAGAUUCGCCACCAUCUGCCAUUGUUUCGGUAUUCCCUCUAGUCUACAAUUUGAUUAAAAGACAUCCAACGUGCAUGAUCAUGCUUCAUGAUCCGGAUUACAUAGAUGAUCCUUUCGCAACUCCAGAACAAGUAGCGUCUUUGAAAGAGCGCAAAGAGCAGUACACUGACCCGUUCAAGAUUGACGAAAAAAAUCCAGAGUUUACAAAUGCCAUCAACAGCUCGCUUUGGGAACUUGAGUCACUGACAAGCCACUACCACCCUAAUGUGGCAACCUUGGCAAAGAUUUUUUCUCAACCUUUUAGGAAGCACAACUACAACCUGGAAGACUUUCUGGAUUGGUCUUAUGAUUCGCUCUUGCAAGCAGAAGUGACUCGGAAAUUGAAAGUUUUACCUGCCCUGGAAUUUGAGGAACAAGGUACCAUAUUCGGAGAGUACGUAAGGUGUGUAGAAUGGUAA